AUGCCUGUGUCAUCGAGGCAUAUCCAAGCCAUCAAUAUACUCGUGUCCUCCUGGGUAGUACUCUUCUUGAUAGUAGGAGUCAUUUUGGAGGAAUGGAUUAAGUUAGUCCCCAAAACAACAAACGAGACAACAAACAACGAGACAAUAAAUGAGACAACAGACAACCAGACAACAAACAAGACAACAGACGAGGCAACAAACAACGAGACAGCAAACAAGACCACAAACAACGAGGCAACAAACAACCAGACAAUGAACAAUGAGACUAUCCACAAUCCAUGGAUGACGUGUUGUACUGCUGUUUGGCCAGAAGAUGGCCUGAAAAUUGUCAGGAUUAUGAUGCUAACAGUCUUAAUCACUUCCUGCACCUCUAACUUCAUCUUGGGAUUGCUUUUCACCUACAUUAUUCCUCAAAAUAAAUAUGUCUACCUCAUCAUUUUCCUCUUCAGUCUCUUGACAGGUAUCCUGCUGUUCUGUGCACUUCUACUGUAUGAUGGUAUGCUAAGGAAAGGUAAAACUGUGUACUUCUCUAGUUUCAAGAUCACCUGGGUCGCUGCCACUGCCUACUUCACCAUCAUCCUCCUUCUAGCCUGUAGUGUCCUCUCUUUCAUAGAAUACAAGGUGUUUGUAAAUAGCUGUACCUGCCUGAAAAUCCAAAAAUCUGCCAAAGAUCUACAGCUGUCUGGGAGUUCCAUCCAAGUUAUUUCGCUUCCAGAACGCACUGUGAUGCCUCGUAGCAUCGUCCGUGUGCACUCCCAUAGUUCAAAGGAAGACACUGCGAACAGAUCACAUGUCCAAGCUCGUCGUGUUACCUGGGCUCUAUGA